AUUUAGUCACUCACAACCGGACAACCGAGAUGGAAGUAAAUUUGCUACUUUUGGCCACGGUGUUAACCGUGUUCGUUUAUCUGUACCGACUGAUAACGAAAAAUAACGACUACUUUCACGAUAAGCCGAUCCCGUCACUAAAAGCUCGGCCACUGUUGGGGUCAACCGGCCCUCUGCUGUUGAAGCAGGUAACGUUCUCCGAUUUCGUCGCGUAUGUCUACAACAAGUUUCCCGGCGUCAAAGUCCUCGGAAUGUUCGACACGUUGACGCCGUUCUUCGUGAUCCGUGAUCCGGAGUUGAUCAAGCAGAUCGCCGUUAAGGACUUUGACCACUUCAUGGACCACCGGCCGUUCUUCGGCGAGUCCGUCGAAUCGGAAGAACACCCGUACGCCCUUUUCAAGCGAGUUAUAUUCGCACUGAACGGUCAGCAAUGGCGGAAUAUGCGAGCAACGCUGAGUCCGGCCUUCACUGGACGAAAGAUGCGACUUAUGUUUACUCUGAUGGUGGAUUGUAGCGAGCGGAUGCUGAAGCACUACGAAUCGCUGAUGAGCAGCACAGGUCAAAUGGAGGUGGAAAUCAAAGAUAUGCUGAGUCGGUACGGAAUCAAUGUGAUCGCGUCGUGCGCUUUCGGAAUCGAUGUGGAUUGCUUCAAGGACGUCGAUCACGAAUUCAUGUACCACGGGACGAGGAUGCUUCAAAUGGGCAAUCCACUGGUGAUUGCAAAGAUGCUGUUCACGAGGAUGUUUCCGAAACUUGCGAAUAACUGGGGAAUGGACGUGAUACCUCGAGAGCAGGCGGUGUACUUCAGUAAGCUGAUCAAAGAAACUAUUCGGACACGAGAAAGUCAGGGUAUCGUUCGGAAUGAUAUGAUAGAUUUGUUGUUGGAAGCACGAAAGGGUAAGUUAAAGUAUGAAGAAGAACGAGAGGAAGAACAGGAAGGCUUCGCCACAGUUCAAGAGUCGGAUGUUGGAAAAGCACAGGUAACGAAGGCCAUAUCGGAAGUUGACAUGAUCGCGCAGUGUCUGAUCUUCUUCAUCGCAGGAUUUGAAUCCGUUUCGGCGAACACCAUGUUCAUGAUCUACGAAUUGAUCCUGAAUCCGGAUAUUCAGCAGAAGCUCUACGAAGAGGUUGAGCAGACCUACAAGGAGCUGGGUGAUAAGCGUUUGACGUACGACGCGCUUCAGAGUAUGAAGUACAUGGACAUGGUCAUAUCGGAAACAUUGCGGAAGUGGCCGCUAACUCCAGUUGGCGACCGGAUGUGCGUAAAGGACUACGUUCUGGAUGAUGGACAAGGCCUCCGGUUCACCAUCGACAAAGGCACCUGCGUAUGGUUUCCAAUUCACGGUCUUCAUCACGAUCCUCAGUACUAUCCCAAUCCCGACAGGUUUGACCCUGAGCGGUUCAAGGAUCAGAACAAGGGCCACAUCAAGAUGGGAACGUACAUUCCGUUCGGCAUUGGACCGAGGAACUGCAUCGGGUCACGGUUUGCACUGAUGGAAAUGAAGGCUCUCAUGUACCACAUGCUGCGUAGAUUUUCGUUCCAUCGGACCGCGAAUACACAAAUACCGCCGAAGUUCCGCAAAGGUAUGAAUAACUUCGGAACGGAGCAGGGAUUGCAUGUUGAGUUGCGGCUCCGAGGUCCGUAAACGGCAGUAUGCUUUAAAUUACGUAACAUGCCUUUGAUGAUAAUAAAGAUUAAUUUUCCAUUAUCUGUA